UUAAUAGACAAGGAAAAUUUUGCCAGCUAAUAGCCAAAUUAAGUCUCAGCGGUUUAGCAAGCAGUAAUAACGCACAUUACGCUUUUCUACAACAUCAUGAAGUAUUGAAUAACAGCAAACACUGAAAAGGGUAAGCGGUCUGACAAGGGCGGGAAUUUUAAAAUUUGAUUCCACCAAUGAAAUUCAGCAUGUACUCGUCUGCCUAUCAGAGAAGGCGGCAGUGCUAUAAAUACUCCCCGAUUACGGGUAGGCGCUUAUCGCUGUUGCUGCUCUCUUCUUGACUGGUGGGAGUUCCAGCCAUGGCCCGGACAAAGCAGACGGCGCGGAAAUCCACGGGCGGGAAGGCGCCCCGCAAGCAGCUGGCCACCAAGGCUGCCCGCAAGAGCGCGCCGGCCACGGGCGGCGUCAAGAAGCCGCACCGCUACCGGCCCGGCACGGUGGCGCUGCGCGAGAUCCGCCGCUACCAGAAGUCCACGGAGCUGCUGAUCCGCAAGCUGCCCUUCCAGCGCCUGGUGCGCGAGAUCGCGCAGGACUUCAAGACCGACCUGCGCUUCCAGAGCUCGGCCGUCAUGGCGCUGCAGGAGGCCAGCGAGGCUUACCUGGUGGGGCUCUUCGAGGACACCAACCUGUGCGCCAUCCACGCCAAGCGAGUCACCAUCAUGCCCAAGGACAUCCAGCUGGCCCGCCGCAUCCGCGGCGAGCGCGCAUAAGCCUUGUCUGAACGCUGUAAUCUCUUCGGCAGAGGUGUUUAAAAACCAACACAAAGGCUCUUUUAAGAGCCACUCCAUGCACAGUAAAAGGAGCUGUAACACUGCGAGAUUUCUAUUAUGUUUACGGGAAUGCUAGGACAGAAAAAAGUUAGUGAAGUAUGCAAUUGCGAGGUGAACAGAAAUGUACCAUGCCCGUUUAAAUUCAUGGAUACUAUGCUAAGACAAGUAGGAAUUCUCUGUUGCGGGGAAGUACAUAACGUUUUCUUAGCUAGGAAAAAAAAAAACUAAACUGUGUUAAAAUCUGCCGGGGAAUAUACAAACGUGAAAGAAACCAAAAAAAUUACCGCCUUGUCCGUCUCUACGCAUCCCAUCCGUCUCCUGUUUUUGCCGCUGGCUGCCGGCC